CGCGCUGAAUGAAACGGUUUGCGGCUCCUGAGAGCUCCCAGUCCUCGGCGGGGACUAACUGCGGUGCUACCUAACUCCGGCCGUCAGUCCGAGGGACUCGGAACUCCUUCAGAGAGCAACAUGGCCAAAGUAAACAGCGGUUCCUCCGGUUGCCGGGCCAUGGUCAUGGCAGGAAAGUACCUGUCGAGUCCGUCUCUCCCGGUGCUGAGCCGUAACUCCGGCCAGCGGCAGCGGAGGAUGUUCGGUCCCCAUCGCCGCAUGGUGAGCUCUGACGCGGCUAGCACGGGAGGCAAGACCGCGGCUUUGGCCCAGCAGGAACACCUGGGCUACUUCUCCGCCGCAGACCGACAUGUGCUGGCGAACCGGAAUUUGAUUUACCGGGACGUCAAGGCUUUUCUGAACGAAGUUGGUGGAGACCCCCGGGAGGCUCGCUACUGGCUGACCCAGUUCCAAAGAGCAACUUCGGCCCAGUCUCCUGCCUUCGCGGUGCUGGAGGUGGACAGCUCAGUGUUCGACAGCAGGGAGAUGGUUCAGAGUCUGGCCUUUGGGCUCUCCUUCUUGCAGCGGAUGGAUAUGAAACCUGUGGUAGUAAUGGGCUGGUCUGAGUGCGAGGAGAUGGGCCCCGCUGAGCCGGUUGCCGGGUCACGGUGCAGCCGAGGGCUGGUGGAGCGGAGCCAGCAGCUGACUGAGGCUCUGCAGCAGCACUCGGCCACCGCCCUGCCGUUCUUCUCCGCCGAGUCCUUUCUCCUACUGCACGAAGCUCCACGAGGAGGCAGCACUCCACCCUGUGUUGCUGUGGACGCCGGUCUCCUCCAGUGGAGUCUGGACUGCGGGGCAAUCCCACUGGUUUGUCCGGUGGGGAGAGACGGCCGAGGUUGCUCGGUGAUGUUGGAGCCGACGGAAGUGACAGCGGCUAUUUCCCGAGCCCUGCAGCCUCACAAAGUCAUGUUCCUCAACAACUCAGGAGGCCUCUGCAACCAAGAGCACAAGGUGCUGGACACGGUGUCGUUGCCUUGCGACCUGCCCAGUCUGUCCGCGGCAGCGUGGCUGAGCGCUGGGCAGCGCCGCAGAGUGACUACCAUAGCCAGACUGCUCAACCACCUGCCGACCGAGUCCUCUGCAGUGAUCACCUCUGCGGACACACUGCUGACCGAGCUGUUCAGCCACAGAGGGUCUGGGACACUCUUUAAAAAUGGAGACCCCAUACACCGGUACAACUCUCUGGAUGAGAUUGAUGUGGAGCGUCUGCUGGCCCUGAUCAACAAGUCAUUUGAUAAAACUCUGAGGCGAGACUACAUUGACUCCCUGAAAGGACGGCUGCACUCCAUCUACCUCUCUGAAGGCUACAGUGCGGCAGCCAUCAUCACCAUGGAGCCAGUGAACAGCGGCACACCCUACCUCGACAAAUUUGUGGUGAGCAGCAGUAAGCAGGGCCAGGGCACCAGCCACAUCCUGUGGGAGUGCAUCAGACAGGACCUGGGCAAACUGUUCUGGAGGUCUAGAGCCACCAACAGGAUCAACCCCUGGUACUUUAAACAUUGCGAUGGGAGCUUUGUUAACGGGGUGUGGACUGUUUUCUGGUUGGGUCUGACAGACAUCAGAGAUUCCUAUGAGCUGGUGGAGUACGCCAAGAACCUUCCUGACUCCUUCCAUGCCUCCUCUCUCACCUCCUCCCAGCAGCUCCCCCCACCUGCUGCACAAUCCUGAACCACCUCCUCCUUAGCUGCUGUAGUUGUUUUAGCUCUGAGGCUCUGGAGUUUGGUUUUGUUCAGCCUGAGAGCUGGGGAUAUUGCUUUCUCACUUUUGCUCUGACUGGUCUUCUUCCUGCUUUGGAUUUUUUUGACUUAGGUUUGUCUCUACCUUGAAACUUCAAACCCAAGCUACUGUGCUGUGGAGAAUUACAUACAUGCAGUAUUUUGACAAGCUAUAAAUCACCCUCUAUUUUUAAAGCUGAGUAUAGCACUAAGCAUUCAUAUUUCCACUGGCGACAUGUGCAUGCUUUGCAAGUUUGCCUAAUUUAAAAAGACAGCUUUUGCUGUCUCUUUGUGCCAGACACCCAAAAUGCUCUCCAGAGUGGAGAAAUCUCAAAACUGUGACCUUACUUUGUAAUGUGGACCAGGAAAGCAUAGCUUUUCCAACAUGAUUACUGUACUGCACGCCUUCACCUGCACAGCCAGGUGCUGUAUCACCUCCAGGUCUUUCUGUGAUUGCUUAUUCUGAAUUCCAGUACGUUUAAGCGCACAAUACAGGAUAGAAGAUUUUACUCAUGGAGGUCAGUUUACUUUUCAAGUCCUACUCAGACUGUGAAAACAGUUGUAUGAUGUUUUCUGUGGAUCACCCCUUCAAUCAGUUUGUUUGAAGGGCCUGUACCAGGCAUUUGUUUUGCCUGGUACAGUUGUGACAGUGACCAGUAAAGGUUAGUUUACUCCAUGGAUCUCAUGCACUUCUUUAAACGCCAAAGGGAGGAUUUGUGUAUAAUAUUUGGGUCAUGAAAGGGCUUCAGACCAAACUCUCCACCACCCAUGUCUGGGACCUGUAUUUACCAAGCACCCCAGAGUCACACCGAUGUGUGUAUAUAUAAAACUUAAUAAAAACAGGACAUCCACUCAUCUUAGAAAGUCUUAAAAAGCACUGAAUUCAGUUUCCUCAAAAAAUCCCUUAGAAGGGAUUAAAAAAGGGAUUAAAAAGUCUUACAUUUAAUUCCCAAAAGUCUUAAAUAUGUUCUCUUGCCUGCCACAGGCACUAAUGUUAUUUCUAAAAUAGUUUUGUAUGAGAUUAUGGGCUGGGAUUGUUGUGAUGGUGGAUUGUGCUGCAGGAAGCUGAUCGACUCCUAAUGGGCAAAUGCUGAUUUUACAAUGUUGUUGCGAAUACUUCAAAGAAUAUAACUGAGGUAAUUAUUUUUCAUUGGUUAAUCCAUCCAUUUAUUUUAUGCUGCUUAUCCUGGUCCAGGCUGCAUUCAUUUAAUUCAUCGCAUAAUUAGGACAUCUUGUUAUAUACUGAAAAAAAUGAAAGUAAUAUAAUAAUAAAUUCUAAGCCACAUA